UCUCAACCUCGUAUCGGAGAAAUUCCUCUCUGUCCGGAACUACCCAUCCCACAAACCAUUCCUAUUCGAGGGAUUUGUGUUCCAGUCGAAUGGACUCUCAGAUCACCUCGGGCACAGUCCCGGAAAGUUCGCGUCGGUGAAAAUCCGUUUGUGAUUCGUGUCCCCGAGGAUGUGGACUUUACAUUCCCCUGGCGUGUACCGCUCAUCGGUUUGGCUCUAACAUGGAGUGAGUGUGUCCGCAUAUCGACCGAUUUUGUCCCCAUUGGUGUUUGUCAAUCACGUGGAGCAUUUUAA